AUGUCUCGUGGACUGCGCUGCUGUACAAUCGGAAUCAGCCGUUCUUUUCUGUGUGGCCUCAUCACACCUGCUAGUCACCCCGAUCCUCUCUUCCGAUUGGCUAAUCCGACUCGGGCCUCCAAUCAGGAUCCCUCUCAUGGUCCCGUAGCCCUGUUCCUUAUCUUUCUUGUCGACCGAUUUCACUUGGUUCCAGUCCCAGUGCGCGUUUCCCUCCAUGCGCUAUUCCUCAAGGCCAUCGAGACACAUACACUGCCGCCUUACCGAGCAGAGCACAUAGGCUCUGAUUCCCAUGCUUACAGAUAUCAGGCAUUGCCUUCACGGAUCAUCUCCUUGAUUAAACCAGUCUCUGGUCUCUGGUCUCUGUCUCUGGUCGCAUGCCGAAUCGCAAGUGGAUUUCCAGUACAUUUUGGUCAUAGCGUCGAAUUUCUGCGAUAG